GCGCACGGAGUUGAAUAUCUGCGCACCUGGAUAAUAAAGCGAGGUUCGCCAGCAGGCAAGCAGGCCGGGCCAGUCAGGCAGGCGGGCAGGCGGGCAGGCAGAGGCGGCCACCUUUCCUUUCCCUUCGCUUACCUGCCUGGCAUUUUCACUGCGGGACAGCGGCAGCAGCUCGAGCCGAAAUCGCGUCGCCGCGCGCAACCGACGAACGCCGUACGAAUAAGUACAUCCUUCGAAGAACAAGAUAUUGUUGUACGCGUAAAGCGUACCUGCGCAGACGACCGGAAAUGCAGAUGAUGGCCGGAAGAGGGCCGACGCACCUGGUCGCCCUUUACGUGGCCACUGCCGGACAACAAGGAAACGCGCUCGGAUCCGACGAGGAGGAAAUCACGCUCCUCGUUUACGUCCUUAUCGAUGCUCUCCAAAACAAGGUUAUGGGGAGGCAGCAGUACAUCGUUCGGCCUAUGGUGAUGGACAGCGGGGGCGUUGGAGUCACGGGCGAUAAUGGCGUGCAGGUUGCCGGUAGCAGCGGCGUCAUAAGCGAGACGGCCCUUGCUCAUGCACCAACCCUCACAGAGUCUAACCUCCGAGAACGCGGAAUCCCCUUGCACCAAGCCAUCAGACAGUUCGAGGGCUGGUGGUCGUCGUUGACGUGUGUCGCGGCCGGUAGUUCACCCCGCUUUGUAGUGGACGGACAGGCGCCUUUGCGGCAAUGCCUUCAUCCAGAAGCCUGCAACAAGGACCUCGACCUUCCCCCGCACUACACCGUCUUCCAUGACCUGCGCAAGGAGUUUGCCACUUGUUACUCAUCCCAGGAAGACCUUGCAGCCCUCAGCAUACAGGAUAUGCUACAAUACUUUGGCCUGACACCGGACACGGAGAAUGAUUACCAUGUGAAGGAGGUUCAAGAUAUGGUGACUAUCAUUCAGAGGAUGAUUAAAGAUGGUCACACAUUUCUGAAUCCUGAAGUGGUCAAUCUUGUCCUGGAACCAGGCAUAUGUUCAAAAGACGAAGAGGUGGAUAAUAAUUGUGUUGUGAGAGCACGCGGCUUACCUUGGCAGUCCUCGGAUCAGGACAUUGCCAAAUUCUUCAGAGGGCUUAAUGUUGCCAAAGGUGGUGUUGCCCUGUGUUUGAGCGCACAGGGUAGGCGUAACGGGGAGGCAUUGGUGCGCCUAGUAAGCAAGGAGCACAGAGACAUGGCGCUCAAAAGGCACAAACACCACAUUGGGGCCAGAUAUAUUGAGGUAUACAAGGCUUCGGGUGAAGACUUUGUUGGUGUGGCAGGUGGUGCUAGCGGUGAAGCACACGCAUUUCUUUCACGCGGAGCCCAAGUUAUAGUUAGAAUGAGAGGGCUGCCCUAUGAUUGUACAGCCAAGCAAGUUUUGGAGUUUUUCCUAGCUGGCGAAAAUUCGUGUCAGGUACUAGACGGUGAGGAAGGUGUGCUAUUUGUGAAAAAACCUGAUGGAAGGGCGACUGGCGAUGCAUUUGUACUUUUUGCCAAAGAAGAAGAUGCCUCGAAGGCUCUCAGUAAACAUCGGGAUCUGAUCGGUAGCCGAUAUAUCGAACUCUUUCGAAGCACGACAGCCGAGGUUCAACAGGUACUGAAUAGAUCAAUGGAUCCAAAGACGUACGAGGCCCCAGCACCACUAUUGGCGACAAUUCCACAAGUCCCUCUUCUUCCGCAACACAUAAUCACCUCUGGAACACGUAAAGAUUGCGUGCGUCUGCGUGGUCUCCCAUACGAAGCACAAGUUGAACAUAUAUUGGAAUUUUUGGGUGAACAUGCAAAGAACAUAGUCUUCCAAGGAGUUCACAUGGUUUACAACUCUCAGGGCCAGCCAUCGGGCGAGGCUUUCAUCCAGAUGGACAGCGAAAGUUCUGCUUAUGCCUGCGCAUCGCAGCGUCACCAUCGUUAUAUGAUAUUUGGCAAGAAGCAACGUUACAUCGAAGUAUUUCAGUGCAGUGGCGAAGACAUGAAUCUGGUAUUGACAGGCGCUGUCGCACCACCACCUGCAAAAGCUCUACUAUCUCCCGGAGGUACAAUGAUGCCGCCUCCGUUUGGACCAGGUGCGAUAUAUCCUGCGCAAGCGGCAAUGUUACCUCGGGGGCCACCGCAAUUUGCACCCGCAUAUCCACCUAUAUUCUAUUGGCCAUACCCGUCACCACCAGUCAGUCCAACCAAUUACUAUAACCCAGCUAACGUUGGCGGCAUAGCACCGAUUCCUCAGCAAGCUACUCUGUUGACCUCCCCAGAAUGCCUUCACCUGGGCCCACCAGAGCCUAGGAUACAGGAUGCUCAUAUACCAAGACCUGAAAUAGACAAGCGUAUUCCGCUACCACCAUUACAUGCUCCGCGUAGUCAAUACAUCGAAUUAUUCAUGGUUUGAUCGGGCUACUUGUUCGAUCAAAGAAAUAAUCAAGUCAACACCUUGCCUCGCCCAGCAUAAACUACUGAUGUAUCAUACAAGUGAUAUUAUGAUAAUAAUCGUUUGUGGUCCCUCCCGUAGUUCUAUCGAAUAAUCAGACGAAAAGGUCGAUACAGCCUUAAUCUUACAAAAUUAUAUUAAAUUUUAUACAUAUCAAAUAUAUUCGUAUAGUCGUCUGUGCGUUACACUCACGAUAAAGGUUGAAAUAUUCCAAAAAAUAUUAAUAUGCGGAAGGCAUGCCAGCCUUUUACCUUUCGCUUUCCCUGUACAAAUCAUUACUGAAGUAUAUGGGACAAAGUGUAGAGAAAAAAUUAGCAUCUUGUUUGAACAUGCCGACAGAAUUAUUUCUGCAAUGUCGGAGUACUAGAUAAGAAGGCCACAGAUUAUCAACCUAAUAGAUUUUAAACAUAAAAAGUUAGUUUUAAUACUUUUAAUAUUGUUAAUAGCGCAAUGAAAAUAUUUUAAUGAAUAAUCAGAUAGCUUAACUUAUAGGUAAAUAUAAAGAAUCUAAUAUAUUCGUUACUCUUAUCAAUAUUUCAGAUUGUGCUCCUCGAUGGUACGACAUGUUAUGUGCUUGAAGAAUUUUUAUCUAUGUCACUGGUUGAACAUUUAACAGAAAUUUGUAUUAUUUGAUAGACAAGUUGAUAAAUGCAUAAUAUAUAAUUGUGUACCAAGAGAGUAUAGAACAAUGCAAAGUAUAAUCAAGGAAACAGCAAAUAUCACAAAAGUCUUCCAACAAUCUUUUUUAGUAUAAUGAUUUCCAUUGUUAACUUAUUAUAUUAAGUUAUUGAUUGCAUUUUUAUGUAUCCUAAAAUACCGCUCUUAUUUACUAUUGACUAUUAUUACUACGUAUAAUUACUAUACUGUUAGCUAAUGAAACCACAGAAUAGCAUGCAACGAAUUAUUUUAUUUUCUAUAUAUAUAUAUAUAUAUAUAUAUAUGCAGCAGGCAAUAGUGUCUUAAAAUACUAUCUUGAGCGGAUUUUAAAGAGAAUAUUCUUAUUUUUACCCAAGCUUUAUAUUAUGUCGAUUCGUUUGAUGCAGCACCUAUGCCAUUUAUUUGGAAUCAGUUGAAGGUUGCCUAUAGCUGUAUCGAAAUAAAUAAUACAUUGGCUGUGACAGGCGGUAACCCAUUAAGUCUCUGAUCGCGCGAGUUGAACAUAUUUCUCAUUAAAUUUAUUAAUUUUUACUCUAGUACGAAAUGAAAUUUUCUUUAGGAUUCCGUUAAAAUCUGUAUAAUGCGAACAUUAUUUGGGUGUUUAUCCCGAUUAUCGCGUUAUAUGCCAUCUCUCAAUUUUUUCUUUAUUCGACAGCCCAAUGAAAAUGGAAUUUCAUUUUCAAUGGCAUACUUACCCUUUCAAAAACCUAUGCGACAGUGCAGUUGAAAAGAUUCCAAAUUUUUUAAUUAUCCUCAACGUAUCUUCUUCGACUUUAUCAAUUUAACCGUUUUUGAGACCACGUGAUCCAAAUAGUUUAUAUUAUUAUAUCAUUUAUUUCUUAAGUUUGUUGAUUAAAUUAAUUCUAAGUAAACAAUCAUCCUCUUUAUAUACUAGAUAAUAGAUUAGCAAGAUAUUGUUUCGCCUUGUUCCUCUUCUUCUAUUUUCAAAUAUAAUUAAGCCCGACAGGUGCAAUAAAAAUCCUGUGCGUGGGUUAUAUUUUGUGCAAUACAAAUAGGCCGGUACGUUGCAAUACCGCUAAGGACCACGAAAAGUGCAUAAAGUUACAAUUGACGGUGUAAUUUGUACAAGGUUUCUUAUCGGCCCAGCGAACGGCAAAACUUUCAAACGGACAGGCGUUCCGAAUAAGCUUUUGUUUCAUUUUUCAAUAUUCAAUACCAACUUACUUUUUCUCGCUUAGAAGAAACUGAAUUUCUUAUUGUUGUUACAAAAACCACGAAAAUACCUGGAUGCAUGUCCAUGAUAGAUGUAAGUAAUAUUCAGGUAUUUAUUUUUUUCGUAGAGUAUCUAAAUCGUUCCCAAAAAUGAUGCCUGCUCUGUGUCGUUUCACCCUUGUUGUAAUUCUAAUCGAAUUUGGGUCGAUAACUAAUCAAAAGCUUGAGCCACGCAUCUUGAUACAUAUAUUUUUGCACUUCCGUUGUCUCCUGCUUUUUAUUCGACUUGUUAUCAAACGGAGGUGGACAAUUUUAAGAUUUAUCUUAGUCUUGAACUUUGGAUGUCACGCACCCUCCAAAAAUAUACCCGUAUAUUUAUAUGUUAUAUUAAUAUAUUUUGUAGCAAAUGUAGUUAGCCAAUUGAAAUGACAGUUUUUGCAGCUGUAUUGAGCAUACGAUAUUCGUAUCAUUUGCGCACAUCUGGACAGCUGUAGCAAUUGAUCAGUGUGUGCCGCUUUCCCAAAACUGUCUAGCCAAGCAAUAUAAUUCUAAGUCGUGGAAAUUUUUUUAUUUAUAUUUACAGCUAGUGGCUGCGAAAACUGUUUUACACUAGUGUUAAUCUGUUACUAAGAUGUGAAUUAAGUAAUUUACAAAAAUUAAUAUAUCGCAUACAUAGAUUUUAUUAGAUGUAUAAUUACUUAAAUUAUAGUCAAAUUUUAUAAUGAUUGAUUUUGUGGGCAAAGCAGCACAUUGCAAUAACAGCAAUACAAAUUAUUAAUAUAUUGACAAAAUUGGGUGAUUAUCAACAUUAGCAGAGUUUUGCCUCGAGUGUUGUAUAAGAAUUGUGUGCAUUCUAUGCAUUUUUGCAUGUACAAGAAAUGCAAAUUACACUCACUCGGCAACUAUUUCGAAUUAAAAAUGAAUUGUUAAUUGGUCAAUAUUUGAAUUAUCAUGCUACUCUUCUCUUACGAGAAAAUUUCCUGAACAUAGAAAUUCUUUUGCGUGAAAAAUCCAUCGGAAUGGAAUUCAAGUAUUUCCAGAAUUGGUUGUCUCACCAAAAAAAGAUUAUGCUGCGUACAUUGCCAGUUGUUAAUUAUCGAUAAAAACUCAUUGUACAACACGAAAGCGUUGAUGCUGAUUGUUGGAACUUGGGAAGCUAAGAGUGGAUCCAAUAGAAAAAAGAAACAUCGUAUGAUUCACAAUUAGUAUAUUACUAUUAGCAUAUACUGAGAAAAAAAAAAACACAUCCGUGACAUGGAAGUCUAAAAUGCCUAGUGUUCUAAAUAUUAAUUGUUAUAUGUGGUUGAAACUACAUAAUUAAUUAGAGCUAGUAUCGUAAUUGUAAAAUGCAUCUCAAAUAAAAACUACACAAAGUGACAGCU